GUCAAAUUGACGUAUUAAUAGAAAACAAAGUUUUGUAUAUACACAUUUUAAUAAAUUAUGGAGGAGAGUAUGAAAGCAAAUCUUCUGCCUCAUCACGAGCAGCAAUCUUUGUGCACGACCCGGCUACCUUACAGGCAGGGAAGGAAGCUAACAGCUGUUAAGGUUUAUUCAAUAACAAAAGAAUCCAAUCAUCUCCUGAUCUUCGGAGUGCCGUCACUGAACCUUCGUCAAGAAACAAAAUCAUUGUUCAUCAAGUUCGGUAAACUGUUAAAGUUCAACAUUACUGAACACAACGCUGAACCCUUCACGGAGACUUACCAUGCUCAAUAUGAAAAAAUACAAUCUGCUAGAGUCGCCAAAAGAAUGUUAGACACAAAGAACUUCUACGGAGGCGUCUUACAUGUAUGCUACGCUCCGGAAUUAGAAAAUGUUGAUGAAACAAAACAGAAACUCAUUCAACGACAAAGAGAUGUGAUUUUUAGACUCAGAAAUCUCCAAAGGGAUACUGAAAAACAGUCCGUGGAACAACUGGCUACUAAUAUGAACACUAUGGCUAGUCAAGAAAAAGAAUUGCCAAAAAAACUAGAUAUGGGAAAAAUAAACGUAAUUAAGUUAAAUGACACCAUCGGAACACACAGGAGAUGGAAAAGGAGGAAAAUAAAUCAUGCACAGGAAAUAAAAACUAGUUCGGAACAGAAUACUAAAGAGUCCGAUGCCAAUGAUAGUACUAAGGACUAUAGCUGUGAGAACGGGAUAAGUUUACAAGCACCCAGUGAUAUUGAAAUAGUAGAUUGUACCUCCGUAGACUCGGCCAUCGUCACAAAUAUCAACGAACACUUAAAUUAUAACAAAUUCGGAAAUGAAGUUAUAAGAAAAGUGCCAAUGAAGCCCGAGAACAAAAUACAAUUUUACAUAAAUAAAAAGUCGUAGUACAAA